GUUUUCUUAACUGAUGGAUACGAUUAGCGUCUGUAUCAUCAUGUCUUGUUUUGAUUCGCAUGUGUGGUAUUUUGUCUCCGAACUUCCUGAAUUUUACCUGCAUUUUAAAUGAUUCAUGAACUGUAUUUGUCUUCCAAAUUAAUUUUUAAAAUGGGGUGAUGGCUUAAAUUUAGUUAUCUGAGAUGGUCAUUGGAACUGGGGGUGCCACUGAUAUCUGUAAUAAAGAUAUUCAAAGACUUUUGGUAUCAUUGGAUCAGAUUUGCCAGAAGGUUGAUAGCAGGCAGGCUGAUGUUAUAUUUUUGAGAGAAUUACUUCAAAACCAUUCUCUUCAAGCACUAGUUCUUGUACACAAUCGGGUUUCCACUUAUAAUGGACGGCAGGUAUUACCAGUAGCUUACCAAAGUGCUAGUCUUUCUGAAGAGGUCGUGAGACUACUUCAAGAUUAUCCAUCUGAUGAAGCCCAAGAGUUAGUUUAUCUGCUGCAACAGCCUUUCAUAAAGGCUUUGUUAGCAACCCAUGAUCAAGUAGCAAGGAAGGAUUUUGAUCCAGCUCUUCCUGAAAUAAUUCAUGAUGGGGAUGAUGAAGAAGAAACUGUAAAAAUUGUUCAGCUUGUGAAGAGUAAUGAACCUUUGGGGGCCACAAUUAAAUAUGAUGAAAAAACUGGUUCCAUCGUCAUAGCUAGAGUCCUUCAUGGUGGUGCAGCAGAUCGAAGUGGUUUGAUUCACACUGGUGAUGAAGUACAUGAAGUAAAUGGAAUCAAUAUUAAAGGAAAGUCACCUCAUGAUGUUGUAAAUAUUUUACAAUGUCGAGAAGGUCCAAUCACCUUCAAACUUGUUCCAAGGGAAGAAUGUUUUCCAUCCAGAGAAAGCCGUCUCCGAGUGCGAGCUCACUUUAGUUAUGACCCAUCUGCAGACAAUCUUAUUCCUUGUAAAGAGGCUGGUCUUCCAUUUAAUAAAGGAGAUGUUCUUCAUAUAGUGAAUCAAGAAGAUCUGAAUUGGUGGCAAGCACGCAAACAUGGAGAAAAAAAUUCUAGAGCUGGGCUUAUUCCUAGUCGUCAGCUACAAGAAAGGAGGUUUGCAGAAAUGAGAGAUCUGUCAUCAUUGCUGCAGGAUGAUUUCAUUGCUGGAUGUAAAAUUCCAGUUCGCAAAGAACAUCGACCUCGAAAGAUUAAGAAAAUAAUGUAUGAUGCUACAGAAAAUGAUGAUUUUGACAGAGAAGAAAUUGCUACAUAUGAAGAGGUUGCAAAAUUAUAUCCACGUCCUGGAUUACAUCGACCAAUAAUUUUAAUAGGUCCACCAGGUGUAGGGAGAGAAAAUGAACUUAAGAGAAGGUUGGUUGCAUUUGAUCCUGAACAUUUUAGACAAAAAACUAUUCCUCAUACUAGUCGGCCAAAGCAUCCGUGGGAAGUAGAUGGCAAAGAGUACUUUUUCUGCUCGAGAGAGAGUAUACAAGAAGAAAUUAAAAUGGGUUGGUUCGUUGAAUAUGGACAGUAUAAGGGAAAUUUAUAUGGAACUAGUUUAGAAACUGUAAAAUCGGUUAUAAAUGCUGGUUAUGUAUGCAUAAUGACUCCCCAUCCUCAGGCUUUGAAAGCUUUACGAACACCUGAAAUUAAACCUUAUCUCAUUUUCAUUAAACCUCCACCUCUAGACAUUUUGAAAGAAACAAGAACAAGAGCUAAUGCUCGAUCAACAUUUGAUGAAUUUUGCUCUCGAGGAUUUACGGAUAGUGAAUUUCAUGAAAUAGUUUAUGGAGGACAUAAAUUGGAGUUUUUGUAUGGACACAUGUUUGAUGCUGUUAUUGUAAAUGACGAUCUUUUGCGGGCUUUUCAAGAAUUAUUACAUGUAAUAAAAUUAGUAGAAACAGUGCCUCAGUGGGUUCCUGCCAGUUGGGUUGCGUCCAGCUAAGAAUAGAAAUUACUAACUUCAUUUGAAGUAGCUGUGAAAUAGAUCUUGUACAACAAUCUGUCCAGUUUUACAGUGUCUUUGUUAAAACCUUUGAAAUGUUAAACAAAUAGUACUUUUAUGUGAUCAGAUUUUUUAUACUUGUAACUUUUAUAUAUAUUUAUAGAAUGUACAUAAAUAUAGAGUAAAUUAUCAUUUUCAGUUAUGGA